GUCUCGCUGCGUGUCUGUGUGCGAGCGUGUAUGAGUGCGGGGUAUCCUGAGCACAGGAUGCGCUUCGCUGAGUAAGCGCACCUGUUUUUCUGUGUCAGUGCAGUAAUAACAACAACAAUAACGACAAGUCGCGCGUAAAAUUCCCAACAACAGUUUGUGUCCAAAUUUGUUUGCCGCUCGAAUGCCGUCAGCGGCUAACGGCCAGCGGACGGAUCGUAUGUGUUAGCCAGGCGGCAACUAUGCUGAUUGUGGACAUGCUAACGUUGGCCUUAACGAACGGACAGAGCUUGCUGGAGCGGGAACGGGAGCGGGAACGGGAACGGGAACGGGAACGGGAGAGGCAACAAUGUGAUGAAGCAGCGAAACGCAGCAAAAUGACGGCAACUAUGGCUAACAAAACGCUAAAUAAACACAAUGAAGAUGCAAAUUAUAAGAGCAGCAGCAGCUGCAACAAUUGCAGCAGCAACAGUGAGUAUAUUGCUGUUGCAAUUGAGGCAGCAACAAUCACGGCAGCAACGGCAACAGCAACAACAACAGCGGCUGCAGCAGCGGGCAACAUGACUAACGGUGGACUAGGCUUGAAUGUUGCUGCUGCCAAUGUUGCUGCUGAUGAUGAUGGCAGCGAUGACGUCGAUUUGGCAUGCGAGACACGCAGCUCACGCGCCGAUGUUGCUCGCGUGCAAUACAAGGCGCAUUGUGCGUGGCAGCCGCAGCGCGGCGCGGUGCGGGGCCGGCAGGCGUGCCAGUCAGCGGCCAGCACAGCGAACGACAUGCAAACGCAGGCGCAUGCGCGUGCUGAAUACAGCGACAACAACAACACCACCACCACCACCAGCAGCAGCAGCAGCAGCGGCAGCAGCAACGGCGGCAGCAGCAACGGCGGCGGCGGCAGCAGCAACACAGGAGCGGAAGUGGCCACAAAAUGUGAGCGCGCGCAAGUCGAGCGUGAGAGCGUGAGCGUGAGCGCAAACGCAGGCAAUGCUGGCCAUGGCCAACAACCACCCAAUGUGACAGCAGCAACAACAGCAACAACAGCAGCAGGCAAUGACAGCGACGGCGACAGCGACAAUGCCAAAGGCUUGGGGAGCAACGGGAGCAGCAGCGACAACAGCGCCUGCUCAAUACCUACAAUUGGCAGUGAGCUUUUCAAAGCCAAACUCACAGCAGCAGCAGCAGUAGCAGUAGCAGCAGCAGCCGCACCACCAACAGCAGCAGCAGCAGCAGCAGCAGUCGUCGCAGCAAGCGCAGCUGAGCAGCAGCAGCAGCAGCAGCCAAUAAUUAAUUUUGGCAAAUACAAUACAAAAAUUCAAGAAAAACAAUUGUUAAAAAUUUGUGAAAAUUUUGUGCAAAUUGAGCAAAUAGCAAACGACAGCUCAAGUGUUGGCCAAAACGAGCAGCAGCAGCAGCAGCAGCAGCAGCAACAACAGCAACAACAAAUUUUGUAUACAGGCGUCAACAACGACGCGGGCAGCGCAGCUGGCGACGACGCUGACGGCGACGCGCAACGUACAGAAAAAUUUGUGCAAAAAGGCAGUACAAAUGCGUUAAGUGCUGAUUUUUUUUAUAAACCUAGUGAAAAUGUGCAAAGUGACGUAGCAGCAAUAGCAGCAACAACAGCAGCAACAACAACAACAACAACAGCAGCAACAUUUGACAGCAACAGCAGCAGCCACACCAAGGCAAAGGAGCCAAAGUCAAAUCAGAAACAGACGCAGACAUCGGAGGUGCUGGUGCUGGCGGAGACGCCAUUGUCAUUGCCAUAUUUGCGUGAGGAAUCGGCGAACGUAGCGAGCGGCCCAUGCCACGACCCUGUUACUGUUGAUAAUGUCGUUGGUGUUGCUGGCGCUGUUUUGCCCGAAAGCGUGCCAGUUGUUGUUGUUGCUGACGGUUACGUGGAUUACGUGAAAAGUGUUGCAGACAACAAAGCAGCAGCAGCAGCAGCAGCAGCAGCAGCAGCAGCAGCAGCAGCAGAGGCAGCAGCCGCGGCAGCAUCGCACUGGGCCACGCCAACGAGUCGCGGCAAGGCAGCGAGUAGCAGCACAGCCCAAAGUUGGCUCGACGAGUGCAGUGCCGAGCCUUUGUUCAGGCUUGACUCCACAGCGUUCGAGUUCGACGUGACGAGCAGCGCACAGAAAGCAACGAGUAACGAGCAAAAAGCAACGAGUAACGAGUGUGCAGCUAGCUACACGCUCAUAGACUGCGACGCAGCUGAUCAGCACAACGAGUGUGCGACAGCAACGAAUAAAAGCGAAAGUAACGAGUGCAGCACAACAACAACAACAACAACAACAGCAGCAGCAACAGCAGCAACAAGCUGCAACGAUUACGAUCUUAUCGAUUUUGAGCACGAUUUGGUCGAUGAUUUUGUGGCCAGCCAGCGGCUAAAACGCUUACAGCAUAAUUUUCAGGGACGCGUCAACAGCAGCAACAACAGCAACAGCAGCAGCAGCAGCAGCAACAGCAACAGCAACGACAACAACAGCUGUAGUUGUGCGGCUGUAGUUGAUUGUGUAAAGGCAUCCUUGAGACAGCAACAACAGCAACAACAACAACUAAAACUAAAUGCCUGCACGUCUACAGGCCAACACACAAUAAGCACAACAAAGAAACUACCCCCUGAGGCAGCAGCAAAUAGCCAUACACCAACACUCACACCCACAUUGACACCCCCGAGCAGCAGCAGCAGCAGCAGCAGCAGCCACGCUGCAAAGGACAAUAAAAUAGUUGAAAGUUCGUUGUUGGCCGUGGCAAGCUCAAGUGCAAUACAAUUAGAUGUAAAUUGUAUUCAAGACAUUGGAAAUGAACAAAUUGCCACAGCAAACGGCAGCAGCAGCACACAGCAGCAACAACAGCAACAGCAGCAACAACAGCAACAACAGCAGCAAUUGCUGAAUACGUUGCCAGAGUUUGUAUUGCGCGUGCGCGGUGAGCGUGUUGUGAGCACAGCUGAAACAUUAGCUGACAGCAACGACCGCGACCAGGUGCUGAUUGAAAUUGAAGCAAAGCCCGCAGCAACAACAGCAGCAACAACAGCAACAACAGCAGCAACAACAGCAGCAACAACAGCGACAGACAGUUGCAUACGCAGCGCAUUUGUGCCCGCAGUUAUUUGUGACAACAAUUGCAGCGAUUCGUCAACGAACGCCGCCAAUUUUGUGGCCACACUCAGCGAGUUCGAUGUGCAGCGCUUUGGCGAGUAUCUGAGAGCGGCGCGACAGCUACAAUUGCUCGACAUCAAUCACAAUAGCCAGAGUCAGCUGCAAGGCGAGCCGAGCGGCAGUCACGUGAGCGUCAAGCAGCGACGCGGCUUUCAGUGUUACGACGAGCUACUCGCUGAAUUCGUUAGCGAACAGCAGGACGAGAACGAGCAGGAGCAGGGGCUGGACAGCGAGUGCGAAUACAACAGCGAUAGCAAUUGCAACGAGUGCCAGUGCGAUGAGUGCCUAGCAGUCGCAGCACAUAACAGUACAGCGAGCAACGAGUACAACGAGCGAACAGCGAGUGCACUCGCUACAAACACAACAGCGACUGGAACAGCACUUGGUCCCCGGCCAGACGUGUUCAAGAUGCGUGAGGUGAAUGGCCAGCUGCGCGGUCUGCUCAAGAAACCGAAUCGUCCGCCGCCGGCGCGCAAAAAUCGCGUCGUCUUCGACGAGACACGCAACGAGUUCUUCGAGGCCGAUUACAUCAUAUUGAUACGCGAGGAUUGCGCCUACGACGAGGAGGACGAGGAGCCAUGCACCUGCGGCGAGCACGAGCUGGUGCGCCUCUGCUGCGAGGAGGGCUGCCAGUGCAACUAUGCGGUUAAUGCCGCCGAGCCCGGCGAUGGACGAACGCCACAGAGCCCCAAGUUCCAGCCGCCAAUUGACUUUGUGGACGAUGCCGCGCUCAGUCCACCCGAUGGCUACAAGGAUAACAGCCUAAAGAAUACGCUGGGCGGCGCCCUCAGCGGCCACAUUUUCGGGGCGCAGCAUCUGCAACAGUUGCAGGUUAUCCAGCGCCUGCAGCAGCAGCGUGCCGCGAUGUUGGCGGCGCGCAACAGCAACAGCAACAGCCAAAUACCGCCGCCGCCACCGCCCGUGGGCGGCGCUCAGCAACAGCAGCAACAACAGCAGCAACAACAACAGCAACAACAACAGCAGCAGCAACAUCCACAGCAGCAACAGCAGCAGCCCGAUGAGGACCUGCAGGGCGUUUGCACCGAGUGCGCCGAGUGCGCUGAGUGCGCCGCUAAGCAGCUACAGGAUGCAGAAUGCGGCGGGUCGCAGUGCAACGAGGAGCUGACGCCGAUCGGGGUGCCAGCUGUGGCCUUGUUGCCGCUGCACACCAGCUCCCCGGAGCGUCGCAUCACGCAGAAGGAGAUCAUCGCCGGCGAGGAGCGGCCCAAAUAUGUGCUGCAAUCACAAUACAAGCCCGCAGCGGCAGCUGCAGCAGUGACCGAGCGACGAAUCGUACGCGAGGCGCACGAGGAUGUGGCUGCCACUGACGUUGCCGGCGCUGCCGGCGCAGCGCCAGCCGCGGACAUGCUGCCACCGGCGCUGCCGGCCAAGGCGAGCGCAACAGCCGCGGCAGCAGCUGCCGUCGCCGCCGCAGCCGCCAAUGGCGCUGGCACGGAGCCAUACGAUGAGGAGAAACCGCCACCCAUACCGCCCAAGGAGCUGACAACGACCACGCAGAUCAGCGGCAUACUCAAGGGCGGCAAACUCUGGAAGCAGGACUCCAUUUCCCAGCAAUCGGAUGACCAGAACAACACCACCUCAGAGGACGAGAGCGGCGCCACGAAGCGUUCGGUGCGCUUUGUGACCGAGGAUCAGGCGAAUGCCGGCACCGAUGGCGAUGGCCAGUCGCUCUGCGGCGAGCUGGACGACAGCGAGAAUCAGAUCAACGAGCUGAUACCCAUCAAGAAGCACUCGACGCUGUUCAACAAUGCUCUGCGUCCCAAUUCGGCGGUGCGCCAGCUGUUCCCGAGCGUUUCGGCCCAGCAGGCGCCGGUGCUCACCUCGGAGGCGUUGCGCGCCUUCGAUGAAUCGAAGCGUGCCGGCUGCCUGGUCACCCAUUUGCCCGGCAGCUGCGGCGAUUCGGACACCUUGCGGCGCAGCAUGGAGCGCAAUAUACUGCGACGCUCGCUGAUCAAAAAGAAGGCCGUCAAGUCGGACAUUUCGCUGGAGGAGCGCAUCAAGCAGCUGACCUGCGACAUUGAUGAGGAUCUAGUCGAGGAGCUGUCGCGCGGCGUUGCCGAUGCCGAUCAGGAUCAGGAUCAGGCCAGCGAGCGCGACUGCUCGGAGCUGGCCCAGCGCGAUAGUCCCGCCGGCGAGGAGAAUCCCAAUACGCUGGCGCCCAAGUUCAUGAACGGCGAGAAGAGCUUCUCGCCCAGCAGCUCCGUCUCCAGCUCGUCCAGCGGCUCGUCGGCCUACAAGAAAAUCGCUGACAUCUUCAGUCGCGACAAGAAGCAGGAGAAGAUUAUGGAGCUCGAGGAGAAUCCCAUUGUCAUCAUACCCCAGGAAUGCCGCUGCCCCGCCGCACCGGAUCUGGGCAUGGGCAUUCAGGUGCCGGUGGUGCAUACGCAAAUCCAUCGUACGCCGCCGCGUCAAAACGAACCGAAGCGCCAGUUCCUCUCGACUUUGGCGCCGCUGACCGCCUGCGUGGCGGGCAACAAGGACGACCUGUCCUCCUACUAUACGCUGGCCGCGGCAGCCGCCGCCCACCAACACGGACAUGCGGCGCAUGCGCACGCCCAUUAUGCAGCCGCCGCUGCCGCCGCCGACUACAACAUGAGCCAGCUGCUGGGCGCUGCUGCGGGCGCUGGCGAUGCCGUCGCCCAGCAGGCGGCCGCUGCGGCAAUGGUGGCCCAGGGCUUGGCUUUGGGCGGCGGCGGCGCCGGGGCCGGAGGCGCUGGGGGGGAUGAGGCGCGCAAGGUGGCGCCGGAUGUGAUUGCCGGCACGCCCGGGCAGGAGACAACGCAACAGGACGAGCUGGCCGCCUUUGCCCAGGCGGAGGCGAAGCGCACCGAGCAGCUAAAGAAACGCUAUACGGGCGUGGAGACCGCCUCCCAAUGCCAGUCGCAGGCGAGCAGCGACGACGACGAACAGAACGAUUAUGGCUUCAAUAAGCGGCCAUCGGUGCGCGGCAUCAAGCCCAAGUUCAGCUCCACCAACGAGAUUCUCGCCCAGAUGCAGGAGCAGCUCACACAGCAGAUACCCACAACGGUGAUCAGCAGCCAGCCCGUGCCGCAGGCCAUCAAGGGCUAUGCCAUGCCCAAUCAGCCCAAGCAGCAGAAUCCCUCGCCUCAGAACGUGCCACAGCAGCAGCAGCAACAGCAGCAGCAGCAGCAGCAGCAGCAGCAGCAGCAGCAAAUGGCGACCAUUGCACAGCAGAAGACGGAGCAGCGCACGUGGAGCUUUUACAGCGAGAGCGGGGAGCAGCAACGAUUUCCGGUGGACGCCGCCUCCGCUGCGGCAGCCGCCGCCGCCAUACAGCAGACAUAUUACCAGACGCUGCCGGCGGGCGCCAUGUUCCGCCAGACGAUGAUCCAGCAGGGCGCCGCCGCCGAUGACGCCUCCGCUCUGCUCUAUGCCGCUGCCCAGAAUUGCCAGAGCGUGACGGCAACCGCGACUGCGACGGCGACCGCAACGGCGACGGCGACGGCCAUCGAGCAGAGCAAGCACAGCAGCUACAGCAGCCAUUUUGCACGGAGCCCCACCAGGCGGCCGGAGUCGCCGCCGCCGUUGCGCAACUAUCACCAGACGAUGGUCCUGAUACCCUACAAUGCCGAGACGUACUCCCAGUUCGCAACCAGCAGCAGCGGCGUCGAUCCCAAGCUGGCCCACAUCCAGCGACAGAAUAUACUCGAGUAUCAGCAGGUGACACAACAAACGAUACGCGUGCCCAUUGGCUAUGCUCUUCCAGGCAUGCAGCUGCAUGUGGUCAGUGGGCGUGGUCAUGCGGCACACUAUGCACAGCAUCCGCAGCAGCAUCAGCAGCAGCAGCAUCAGCAACAGCAGCAUCAGCAUCAGCAGCAGCAGCAGCGUUUAAUGUCGCAGCACUAUCAAUACGGGCCAGAGGGCGGCAUGCCGGGCUUUAGCGAACGGGGCGUGCCCGAGGGCGCAGCUGCCGUCUCGCACAGCGACUGCAGCGCCAUGGUCUCGCCGACAGGCGCUCAGCAACAUCAGCAACAUCAGCAGCAGCAACAUCAGCAGCAGCAGCAACAGCAGCAACAGCAGCAGCAGCAACAGCAGCAACAGGUGGGCGCCGCUCAGGGAUCCGUUUACUAUGCGAUGAACGUAUGACCCGGGCUGGAAUAGUCGCUGCCAGCGGCGGUCAUUGUUGAGCGCCGCCAGUGUCAACGCGUCGAAUUGUCAGCGACUUCAGUGCAUUUGGGCGGCGGCGGCGCCGGCGCCGGCUGCGGCAGAUGAGCGGCCAACGCAGACGCCCAGCCCCAAGUAGCCAAACCGCCAACCUCUAAACGAACGAUAAUUUAGAAACCCAAAAAAAAAA